CUAUGUCCGCGUGCGGCUGGGUUCUAGUCCUGACAGCCGCGAUUCGUAAAAUCUGCAGCAAAACACGGAACAAAAUUAUCCCGAUUAUUUUUCUAUCUACAUGGCAGAAGGUCCCGAAAAUGUUAAAGAACGGCAGAGUGAUAUAUCCUCAUCCAAGGAAGAUGUAUCAGACUCCGCAGAACCUGUGAAAAAUGCUGUAUACGUUUACUUAUCUACGCCAAGAUAUUUAGUCUCAUACUGUUGUAUUUUUGGUGAUACAGAGGAAGAAGAAGUUCUUCAAAACAUAUUCGAGUUGGAUUAUCAGCCUGAUUGUCCCGUAUGUUUGCAACAAGCUUCGUAUCCCGUUCGUCUGCCAUGCGGCCACAUGUUUUGCUUUCUCUGCAUCAAAGGAGUGGCUCUUAGAAGCCGAAAAUGUGCGAUUUGCCGCCAACCUAUAUCGCCAGAUUACCUAGACAAGCCGACAUUGGUCAAAGUCGUGUCUGGGCAGUCUUCAAGCUCCGAUAAAGCACCUUCAGACCCUCCGGCCGACGAGUAUGUAUGGUUUUACGAAGGUCGCAAUGGCUGGUGGCAAUACGAUACUAAGACCUCUAAAGAAGUCGAGUCGGCAUUCAAAGGAGGCAAGCGUUCUUGUACAUUAUUGAUUGCCGGCUUUCUAUACCUUAUUGAUUUCGAGAAUAUGUUCCAAAUGCGAAGGAAUGAGCCCGGGAGGCGACGCCGGAUAAAAAGAGAUAAACCUAAUGCUGACCGUAAAGGUGUUGCAGGAAUACGAUUAAAGGGACUUACAGUUUCUGAACUUGCCGAUCUGAAAAAUCAGACAACAGAAACUUCUACAGCCGAUAACCAGUGGACUAGUACUGAGGAUGUAUCAGUACAAGCACUUUCUGGGUCACCCACAGAGGCAGCUAAUAGGGACUGUGAUGAUUCGGCAUCGUCAACAUCCGACAAGGAAUCAGCCCCCGAUGAGACAACACAUGAGUUUGCAUGUUUUAUGCUUAUGCAACCGCUGAUUGCUCACUCAGAAAGCUAUCAUAACUCUCCUGUUCUUGGUGAUGUGAAUGCACCAUCUUAGGAUUGGAGAAGUAACUCGGGUGGCAGACAAGGAGGUCCACGUUCAGAGUGGUAUGGAAAUAGGUGAUACAUGUAGAGCAAUUCAAGGGGAAAGGGUUGACAACGCUAGUUUGCAUGGAGUUUUAGGACCUAUUGUCUUUGUCUUGUGCCCCCUUUCUCCCGCCUCUUAAGGCCAGCUCUGCUGUACCUGGGGGAUGCAUGGUUUAAGCAAGCAGUUAAGCUCAAAGUGCAUUAUGUUACAGAGGUCAAAACCAUCGCAAAAGACUAGAUACCCUGAAGAAGAUUCCAUGAUGAGGUGCAAUUACAUUGUGCAGACUGUACUUAGGCAAGAGUGAAGGAGUGUAAGGAGUUUUUUAGAGGAAUACAUGAAACAUUAAGGUUGGAUUUUACUAGGACGCAAGCGCAACGCUCAUGAUUUUCCGAUUCUCACUGGAACGCAAGAGCAAGUGAGAAGUUAAGUAGACGCAACUACUUGAUUAAUGCGAUUAUGUUUGAUUUGUGUUGCGUUUUCAUCCUUGUCUUGCCAUUUUGUUAGAAAAAACAGCAACCCUUAGGGAUCAUAUAUGCCAUGAAUAUGUUGAACCCUCUUUUAAGUUAACUUGGAGGAGGAAAAAAAAUAUAAUAAUAAACUUUUUGCAUUUCUAUGAAAACUUCGACAGCGCAUCUCUGUGAAAAAAAAAACCCUAGGCAACAUUUUGGGCACCAUGUGGUGACAUAGAUGAAGGGUAUUUGUUUGAAUCUUGAUCCAAAAUGUACCAAUUCCCACACCUAGAUAUCAAAACAAAUAACAUGAUAAAAAUCAACAACCCCUCGACAAAAUUACUGAUUGAAAAUAGAAAGGGAAGAAAAAAAGGGAAAAAUGUGCAACAGCACAUAAGCGAAUAAGAGUGUGCCCGCGUAUCGUAUAAAUAGUGAAGUUUCUAAAGUUGCGAUAAAAUUCCAUUCAUCAACAAGCCAGAAAACAGCAUUGUUUAAGAAGUUAAAAGGAGCAAUUAACUGUC